GGACCUUCCGUCCUCACCGCACACUGCUUACACAAACCACCACCAACAUCAUCAUCAACCAUGGCAUCUUCCCUCUUCAUCCUUGCCCUCCUCCUCACCGUUGUCGCAACCGACGCGGCCACCAUCACGGUCGUGAACAAGUGCUCCUACACGGUGUGGCCAGCCGCCAUUCCGGUGGGAGGCGGCACCAAGCUCGACCCGGGCCAGUCGUCAACAAUUCACCCGCCCGCCGGCACAAAUUCUGGCAGGAUCUGGGCGCGUACAGGCUGCAAAUUCGAUGCCAGCGGCCGGGGGCCCUGCACCACAGGAGACUGCGGCGGCGUGCUGGCCUGCCGUGCUGGCGGGAAGCCACCGGCGUCUCUCGCCGAGUACAGUCUGGGGACAGGCAGCACAUCCGACUUCUAUGACAUCUCCCUCGUCGACGGAUUCAACGUGCCGAUGAGCUUCGGGCCCGUCGGCGGUAGCUGCCACGCGGUCAGCUGUGCGGCGGACAUCAACGCAAAGUGCCCAUCGGAGCUGAAGGUGGACGGGGGCUGCAUGAGUGCCUGCGGCAAGUUCGGCACCCCGCAGUACUGCUGCCCGGCACCGAGUACCCCGGCGACCUGUGGGCCGACGAACUACUCGCGUUUCUUCAAGGGGCUUUGCCCAGACGCCUACAGCUACGCCUACGACGACAAGAGCAGCACAUUCACCUGCGCCGCUGGAACAAACUAUCAAGUCACCUUCUGCCCGUAGAUAAAGUCAUCGUCAUGCUAGGAACUGCAAUUGCUUUGAUGAAUAAGUCUGUACUGAUCGGAACUAGAAAUAGAGUGAAUGAUUAUGAAAAAAGUAGUUUCCCAAAAAAUCUUGUCAAAUAAUACUAGUUUAUAAAACUGCAGCAAAUUUCAUCUACUUCUAAAAGUGAACAUCUGAGGGAAAAAAGAAUGCAUUAA